AUGGCUGUGGUAUCUGUGGUUGGUUGUCCUCCCAUAAGUGUGAACGUUUCCCCUGAAAUCCUUGUGAACGGAUGGCCAUACCGGCGACUUUGUCGCACUGGGGUCGCCGUGAAUUUGGUUGUGGACCCAGUGUGUACGGUCUUUUCAUACGUUUGGCCCUGUUGCAGAGUGAUCGGGCUUCCUCCGUUCCCUCUGCUUCCGCUGUACCAGCUUGCACUAAAGCUUGAAGAGUGGGUGUGCCGUGUGCGCCGGUGCAGCCUCUGCAUUAGCGUUGUGGUCCGGGAACGGCUGUUGACGACCUCCCUCCGGGACGGCAAGGGGGGAGGCGGUGGUGGCGGCUCCACGACUUCCAGCAGUGGAGGUUCGGGCGGCACAGGCGGGAGCGGAGUGGUCAUCAUCGAGAAGGCCGCGAAGAAGAAGGGCGGCACGUGCGGUUCGGUCACUGGUUCCUCCGGGUUGGGCAUCGGCUGGAAUGCCGCGGCCACGAUGGCGGAAGGACUCUUGGCGAACCCAGGCGAGCGUGAUUACAAGCUGCAAAACGUCCCGUCGGACUUGAUCGGCGGCACGUACUUUGGCACCAAAACCUGGCCCUCUGCCGGGACAUGGAAGAUCGAAUACACCGCGCCCGUCACUCUCUACGUGUGGGUCAUGAAGAACAGCUACAAUGCCGGCGUGGACGCCGCUCUUGGCGGCGACGGCUGGGAGCAAGUACAUGCACCGAACUUCAAGCGAAGUGACAACCACGCCCUCAACGUCUGGAAGCGGUUCUUCGCUGAUGGAAGCUCCUACGACAUCCAGACGACCGCUCUCAUGGUGGGAGGAGUUGUGUCCAACGGGUGUGAGGCAACCUGCAGCGGCAGCAAGACAAACGGCGACUGCGAUGAGAUCAAUAGCGAGGACACCUGCAACAACAGCUACAUGAAGCAUCACGGUAUCUACGUGCAGUGCGAGUGGAAGACCAACAACCAAUGUCUCUCCAAGGUGAACUGCCCCAAGCCGUAG